GUGGUGGGGAUCGCAUCUCUCAGCUCUGCAUCGCUCCUUCCAUGCACUGUCCUCUCCAUGGGACACACCAGGGCCACCGCUUCGCCCCGGUCCCCUCCCUGCUCUGUCCUGGGCACAAGCGGUACCCGAUGACAUUCCCAGUGGUCUCAUACCCAACCCCUUCUCCUCUUUCCCUCCACUGGGAGAUGGCGGCCCCACCACUCGCUGCCCCACGCUUGUGGGGUGAUUUUAGGCAGAAGUGGGGCAAGUUCAGGUGCUGAGGGCCGGGCACAGCCGAAGCACGGCCGGGAGCCAGGAGCAGCACGGGGCAGCAGGGAGCAACCAGCUCCAAAUCCAGCAAAGCCCUCAUGAACGGAGCGCAGGGAGAACUUGCAAGCGAAUCGAAUUUUCUCGCUGUGCCAGAUUUUGUUGCUGGCAGAGGAGAGGCCCCGUGCUCUGAUCCUGCCUGGCAGCACAGAGCUGCUCCACCACUCAAGUCGGGGAUUUUGGGGUCUGUAGGGCCAGCACCGAUGGAAACUUCAUGGGGUUUUUCUACCAGAAGCGCUGGAAGCUGGGAAUGAGGCAGAAAAUUGUCGCGUUUUUAUCUCUGCAUGUUAAUUGUUCCUAGCCAGCCAGACUGCCUGCCUGCGCUACCCUUCUUGUUUUCCUGGCAGCAGAUUAUUUGGGAUAACUGAGAGCUGGAGGGAAGAGCAGACUGAAAUGUGUGCGUUUGUGUGCGCGCUGCAAAAAGCCCCGCACAGCUGUAGUUCAGGCAGAGGGCCAGCUGGCUUCCCUGCCCCAAACCUGCUCCGUGUCCAAAGCCCUCAGCAUUUGGGUGCAAACAGUGGGUUCCCCAUCCCCAGCACUGCCCAGGGGCGGCUGUGGGUCCGUACAAAGGUAGUGGAGUUGAGGUUUGUCGUUUUUCUCUUCUUGGCCUUGGAUGUCCCUCAGCUCUGUAGGACUGGUGCUGGGCAUGGGGUGACAUCCUCUGUGAUGCACCCUGAGCAUUCUGUGUGAGCCGGGAGUGGGGCUGGGAUGCAAUUCCCCCAUCUGUGCCCAGACAUCUCAGUGUCACACCCAGACCUGUGAGGUACAGCUCCCAGCUCUCUGUAUGUCUUCCAUCAUUGCUGUGUAAUACCACGGAUGUGUUUCACCCUUCAUCCCUGUGCGAGGAGACCCAGCGUUGGCAUGGAGAGCUGAGCUGGAAGGAGGGCUUUUCCCAUCUGGCCAGGAAAGGAGGACAACAGAAAUGCCUUUCAUCACCCUCACUCUGGAGGAGAGAGCAGAGGGAGGGCUGACAGAUUGGGAAGAGGCUGUUUAACCCUGAGCUGUUGCUGGAAAUACAAGGAGCAAGGGCCUAUAUAGGUCUCUCCCGCAGCUCCAGCCUCUCUGAGAAGGAGCUGAAAGAGGCGAAGGCGCGGAGCCGCAGGAUCGUGGCACAGCUCACCACGGCACCCGGCCCCAGCUCCAAGGGCGUGCUGCUCUUCCACCGCCGCAGGCAGCGCGUCGACGGGCUCACUGGGACUGGCACGGGGCAUGGCACGGGGCUGCCCCUGAGCCUGGGGGCACAGCCAGGAGACAUGGAGACGGGCGAGGGGCACAGCAGCCGGGGGACGCUGGGGGAGCAGGAGGACGUGGCAUCUCGCCAGGAGUCCCCUACUGAGGCUCAGCAAGUCCCAUUGAGUAUCUACCUGAAGGAGAACAUGGCACUGGCUGCUGCCAAUGGUGUGCACAAGGAGAAGGUGGAGAGCGAAGUGGGAGGGGUCCAGGGGACAGGGGACAGCUUGGGGACAAGAGUGGCCACUCCUGCCCCACCAGAGAGUGCAUGCGUUCCUAAGCAGAAGAAUGGUGAGGUGCCCAGUGUGCCCGUGGUGACAGCCAACACACCCGUGGGGACAGCCAGCACAUCCUUAGGGACGGUCAGCAUGCCCACAGGGACAGCCAGCAUGACCAUGGGGACAGCUGGCACACCUCUGGGGACAGACAGUGUAUCCAUGGGGACAGUCACCAUGCCCGUGGUGACAGCCAACAUGACCGUGAGGAGAGCUGGCACGCCCAUAGGGAUGGCUGGUACACCUGUGGUGACAGCCAGUGCACCCGUGGUGACAGCCAGCAUACCUGCUGGUGUGGCAAUGGCCAACACAGCCAUGGGGACAGCCAGUGAGCCCAUGGUGUCAGCCAACAUAACCACAGGGACACCCAGCGCACCCAUGGUGACAGCCAGUGUGCCCACUGGGGCAGCCAGCAUGCCCGUAGGGACGGCCAGCACACAUAUAGUGACAACCAGUGUGCCAAUGGGGACAGCCAGCUCGCACACAGUGGCAGCCAACAUACCGAUGGGGAUGGCCGAUGCAGCCAUGGGAACGGCCAAUGCGCCCAUGGGGACAGCAAGUCCUCCCACGGUGACAUCCAACGCACCCGUGGUGACAUCCAACAUACCCACAGUGACGGCCAGCACACCCCCAGGGACGGCUCCCCCAGCCACGCAGGCACAGAGCAGGGCUCAGAGCAGGCAGUACUACGAGGUGCACCUCACCCUGGCCAAACCCAAACCAGUGAAGAACCGCACGGCGCGGCCGUUCGGCACCCAAACACCCCCCGGGCUGAGCCAGCCCCCGGAGCGAGCCCCCGGCACUGAGCCCCCGCCACCCACCUAUGCAGAGACGCUGGGUAGCCCACCCCCACUCAGCAGGGUUCGCUCGCCCCCCACCUACUCGGCCCUGUACCCCCCCGGGGAGCAGAAGGCACCGUCAGGCCCCAGUUAUGGGCUGGCGGCAGUGGUCCCCUUGCCCAAAACGGGCAUCCUGGAGGAGUCGGCGGCACGUAGGGGCCACAAGAAGUCCAUGUUCACCUUUGUUGAGAAGCCCAAGUUGGGCCCCAACCCUGACCUGCUGGAUUUGGUGCAGAGCGCGGAUAUCAGGAAGAAGCAGAAGGAGCAUGGGGAUCCCGGUGCCGAGGAUGAGCCCUUCGCUUUAGGGGCCGAAGCCGCCAACUUUGUCCCCGCCAGCGCAUCCAGGGCUGCGCAGCCCCUCCCGGUGCCCGACGAUGCCCCGGCGUGGUCCUCCUGCCUCAAGUCUCCCAUGGUGAAGCCGAAGCCGAAGCCGCAGCCCAGCCACAACCUGAGCGAGGCCAGAGGGAAGGGGGCUGAGCUCUUCGCCCGCCGGCAGUCCCGCAUGGAGAAGUUCAUCAUCGAGGCUCCCUCCCAGCCCGAGUUGCUGCGCUCCCCAUCGCCCACCAUGUCGCUGCCUCCCUCCUGGAAGUAUGAUGCCAAUGCUUGCCUGUCGCCCAUGGUCUCCAGACACCCCACCAGGAGCCCAUCCCAGCCCUCCAAAACCCCCCCUGCCUCUCUCUACGGCAACAACCCGACGGAGAACGAGGCGGAGCUCUCCAAGCACCAGCCCUACCAGCUCCAGCCUUCGCUCUUCAUCCUCUCCCCAUCCAAAGCUCCGGCGAGGUCCAUGCCACCACCCAGACCCUCACCUCCCAGCACUUACUCCUACCCACAGCAAACCUCCUGCCCCACCUCCCCGCUGCCUCCGUCCCCCAUUUGGCAACCUCCCACCACACACGGGGCCGCUUCCAGCCCUUUCCUCAGUGCCACUGGGGCUCUGCCCAUGACUCACAGUGCCGGAGGCGGUGGUGCAGAGCUGCUGCUGGCAUCGCCGUGCCACGGGCGCUCCCCUCGAGCCAAGGGCGGCUUCCAGGCACCUCGACCCUCCUACUCCACCAGGAACGCGGGGAUCGAGCCACAGGAAAGGCGGCCGUCCCUCCCCGCCUCGCCCACCUGGACCCCACGGCUGGCGCGGCACCAGGGCGCCCAGGACGGCUGGGCCAGCCCCGUCUCGGUGCCCGAGCUGGAGCAGGGGCCGCCCCGGUCCCCGCCGUGGAGCGAGCGCUCUCUGUCCCCGCAGCGGCAGGACGCCGAGCCCCGCGCCAGCCGCCAGAUGCAAGCGCGGCUCGCCAGGAACAUCAUCAACGCAGCCCGCAGGAAGAGCUCCUCUCCCAAACCCCCGGGGCCGGAUGGCUCCCGGCCCUUCACCCCCCCUGCCGUGGGUCCCCCCGGUUUGCCGCAGGGGUGCAAAGCCGCGGCCCCGCAGCGUGCCCGCAGCGUGCCGGCUGCGCCGGGCAGCCCCUCACCAUCGCACAGAUCGCCCCUAACAGAGGGGCCCUGCGCCUCCCCAGGGGUGUCCCGAGCCACCUGGGCGGAGGGCCGCCGGCUCCUGCUGCCACCCAGCCCGGCCGGGCCGUCCCCCACUCCAAAGAGCCCUUUGCCGUCGCCGGUGGUGGGCGCGCGCUCCCCGGCCAAGCGCUACAGCUCCCGGUCCCCGACGGACUCGGACGUCUCCAUCGACUCCGAAGACUCGGGAACCAAGAGCCCGGGCAUCCACAGCUUCAACCUGUGUCCGCGGGGCUGGAGCGGGAGCCUGAGGCUGAAGGCGGGGGGGCUGCCGUCGGGGGCCCAUUGCACCUCUUAGGGCAGCCCCAGCCGCGCACACCGCUUGGGGACGGGGCGGCCCCCGCGGUGCCACCCGUAGGAUGGGUGACAUCGCUCUCGGUUCGGGUCCCCAGGCAGGGAGAGGCUCCGGGCUGGGGGUGCACGGGGUGGCCCCGUCCCUAUCAAGGCAUCACCGGGGUCAGCCACCUCCCGCCCGCCCACAGCCCCGUGGCCCAGAGCUAUUUUUGGCACCCUAACCUUUCGGGGCAGGACUGCGUGCUCAGCACUGAGCGCAGGGCAGCUGGCAGAGGGACCAUCCCUGUGCCCAGUGCUGGGGGGGCACAGCCCGGCACCCCACGGCUCAGCUUUCUGGGGGUGGCACAGCACGGUUGGGGCACCCUGCCCAGCCCUGCUUGGCAGCCCGGCUGCUUUCAAUUGAAACCAGAUUUGGGGGGAGGAGAAGUGAAUAUUUUAUCCUCCCUGCCUCCAAAUCUUCCUCGCUUUUAUGGUUUUUUUUUUUUCUUUUUUACUUUUGACCCCUCCAGAAGGAACGUCUCCUAAAUUCUUCCCUAGAGUGAUAACGAAGAUAUCCGGAGUUAUUUAUUGCCAUGCCAAGGGGACCGUGGACACGUCGCUUCCCUCUGCCCGGGCAGAGAGGGCCAGCGCCAACCCCUGUCACUGUCCUCAUCCCUGUUCCCAUGGAGGGACAGGGCAGAGAUGGAGGGCAGUGCAACAGGGGGAGAUGGGGGCAUGCAGAAGGCAGCAGUGCAGGUUGCAGAGGGCUGGGAGGAGGUCUGGAUGCAGGUGUGAGGGUUUGGGGACAGGUCGGUGUCUACAUGGGAGCUCCCUGCAAGGGGCCGAGCUCCCUGGAGCACAGCAGCAAUGGUAAGUGAUGGGGGGCUAUGGGGAGAGGGGGCAAUGGAGCGGGCACAGUUAUAGGGCAGAGCCCGGGGAGCGAUGCUGGGAGAGCUAAGGCAGCAACUUCAGGGAACGGGGAGGGUGCAGCCCUGGUGCCAGCGAGAGCAGCAAAGGAAACGGGGGUGUUACCAGGGCACGGUGCCUCUUAGGGGAGCCCCUGUCCCCCUCUCCCUUCCCCUGGCACACAGUGUGGUAGCAAGCAUCCUCGUCCCCCGGGUUCUGCAGCCGCCGCACCCCGCCUGCGCCAUGCACAUGUAUUCCCAGCUCAGAAAUAAACUGCCGCUAUCCCA